AUUAUGGUGUCAGUGUUCUUUUCUCAAUGACAUUGCUGGAAGAUCAUCUCACGGUUUGUGGCAGAGCAAUGCAGCACGAGGAUCUUGAAUUUGUAAAACAUUUGGGUGUAUAAUCUAUGAAGUCAAAGCAUGGAAAGGGGUAGGUUGAUUACUAAGAUGGAUCUUGGGGACAGGAAAGGGUUCCACGCAAUGCGCAAUGAGAGAAGAAGACUAUAGAGGACGUGAAGGGCAUUUUUGUCAGCAGAGAUUGAUGACUAUUGGUGUGAAGGAGUCGAUAAUGGCGCAACCUGCGGAGGCGACACUGCGGAAGGUGUUGUGGACCAUAGAUUUGUUGGUGAAGAAUUACCUCAAUCCCAGCGUCUAUUUAUACAGAUCAAACGGGGCUUCCAGUUUCUUCAAUGCCAACAUUCUGAAAGAAGUUCUCAGUAAAACCCUCGUCCUUUUCUACCCAAUGGUCGCCCGUCACAGUGAAGACCACUGCGUGGAGAUUUAUUGUGACGGUCAGGGUGUACUUUUCGUUGAGGCUCAUGCAACCGUUGCCAUGGACAACUUCACUCACACCUUUCACCAUCGUAACCUUAUUCCCGCGGUGGAUUAUUCUGCUGGCAUUGAAACAUAUCCGAUAGUGGUAUUACAGGUAACAUAUUUCAAAUGUGGAGGGGUCUCGUUAGGUGUUGAUACGCAACCUGUAGCAGAUGGAGCAUCGGGUCUUCUCUUCAUCAAUGCAUGGUCCAAUGCGGCUCGUGGCAUCGACAUUUCUGUUCCUCCAUUUAUUGACAGGAUCCUACUUCGUGCCAGGGACCUACCUCAACCUGCUUUUCCUCACCAUGAAUACCAGCUCUCAUGACCCGUCAUUAGCACCACCACUGCUACUACCACCACCAACACUAAUGUGGUUGCUUCUAUUUUAAAAGUGUGUGGUGACCAACUCAACAUCCUCAAGGCCAAGUCCAAAGAAGAUGGCAACACAAUCAACUAUACCACUUAUGAGAUGUUGGCAGCACAUAUAUGGAGAAGUGUGUGCAAAGCAAGAGGCUUUCUCGAUGAGCAAGAAAGCAGACUCUAUAUUCCAAUUGAUGGAAGGUCAAGGCUGCAACCUCCUCUUCCUCCUGGUUACCUUGGCAAUGUCAUCUCCACUAUUCCCACAGCAGUGGUAGGGGAUCUGGUAUCAAAACUUACAUGGUAUGCUGCAAACAAAAUCCACAAUGCAAUAAUGAGUAUGGACAACGAAUAUUUGAGGUGAGCUCUUAACUAUCUACAGCUACAGCUUGAUCCAAGUGCUCUGGUUCGUGGACCACAUACUUUUGGGAGUCCAAAUGUUGGUAUCAAUGGCUGGGUUAAGUUUCCAAUCUAUGACGCUGCUGACUUUGGUUGGGGACCAAUCUUCAUGAGACCUGGGUGGAUUCCGCACGAGGGGCUAACACUCAUAACUCCAAGCUCAGGAAAUGAUGGCAGUUUGUAUUUGGCAAUCCCCCUACCACCAGAGCAUAUGAAGUUGUUUCAAGAAUUCUUUUAUGACUUUUGAGGGGUUGGAUAUCAACUUCAUACCCUUUUCCAAUGCUCGCUUCCUAUCUUUUACUAUACUGAAAAUUAGAGCGUAGCUGUUAUGAAUUCAGAUACUGACUAAGUUGAGAGAUAUGAAACAAUGCUUUCAGAUUAUUGAA